UUCUUCUUCAUUAUGGAUCCACAAGAAUCAAGCAAUGAAAAGAGACAGACUGCUGUAGAGUUUGAUAGACUGUCUGAUAAAUGGACAGAACUCUGUUUCAAAGUGAUAGAAUUACCUCGUUUAUUGAAAAUACUGCAACCUGUUGUACCUGAUCUUGAAAAAGAGAUCAAAGGACUACAUAAACAAGGUCGCGAAUAUAUGGAGCAGGAACUCAAAACAGGUGUUCAAAGUAUUUUAGAGACACACGAUUUAGUUCAGAAACACAAUACGAUGGAUAGAUUAGUACAUGAAGCCAAACAAAGACCACCCGUCCAACAUCAAAUCUUGCCUUCACCUGCACAAGUAAAGCAAGGUGUGAUGAAUAAGGCUAAAAUGAUGAAAAUCGAGCAAUUACAAAACAUGUUGGAUGAUCUAACACAACAAAACUAUGAAUUAAUGAAUGAAAUUGGACUUGGACAAGAAAGAAAAGCAGCCAAAAUAACCAAGUUAAAUGAAAUCAUGGAUGAAUUCACAGAGAAUGUCAAAGUAACAAGUUCUAUUCAUGCUGAAGAUGCUAUUGUCUUAGUAAAAGAUUUAAAGCCUUAAAAACUUAUCAGAUGUAAUCACUCUAUCGAUCUGAGUUCCCAGAUUUUUCAUACAAACUCCUGGUUUCUUCAGCCAGGGUUAUUUUUUUUUUUGUUUUUCUUCCAGUUUUUUA